AUGCUUGAUCCAGGUUUCAAAAAGGACAUGCAAUCUUUACCUAUCAUAUGUUCACAUUGUAAUUGGACUGAUAUCUUAAAAAACUAUCAAGAACAUCUUGAUCAGUCUCAUCACAAUCCAAAGUGUAACUAUUGUGAUGAACAAUUCAUUUCAGUUAAUCAACUCAAUCAACAUAAAACAUUUCUAUGUCGAAAGAUUACUAUUGAAUGUUUAUUAAAACAUUUUGGUUGCAAUCAACAAAUUCUUCGUUGUGAAUUAGCAAAUCAUUAUCAAAGUAAACAACAUCAAGAUUCAAUAGUAAAUGUUAUUCAACAAAUGAAAUUACAGUUAAGAGAUACUCAAAUGACAUCUAAUCAAAUGGAUACUGAUAGUCCUCGAACAACUACAAUGAUAGACGAUAAUUUUGCUAUAAAUCAAUUGGAAGAACUUCGUGAAACUAUUAGUAUCUUAGCAAAUGGUAGUGAAACAUUGAAUGAAGAUAUAAAACGACUGAGUACUGAAUCAGUUGAAUAUGAAAAUAAUCUACAACAUUUAGUGGAAAAUGUUUCAAAUAUGAAACUAGCUGUUGAAGAGGAACAUGUUUUUGACGAAGCAAAUACACGAAAUUUAGAAGUUCUCAAUCAAAGUUUAAUGUCAUCUCAAGAGAAGAUUGAUGAUAUGCAAUAUAUAUCUUAUGAUGGGACAUUUGUAUGGAAAAUUACAAAUAUUCAAGAUAAAUUGGCUGAUGCACAAUCAGAGCGACAAACAUCAAUUUAUUCACCUCCAUUCUAUUCGUCACCAACUGGCUAUAAAAUGAGAGCUCGACUUUAUCUUAAUGGUGAUGGCAAUGCUCGACGUACACAUAUGUCAUUGUUUUUUGUUCUUAUGCGUGGCCCAAAUGAUGCAAUACUAAAAUUUCCAUUCAACUAUAAGGUCACCUUCUGUUUGUAUGAUCAAACUCCUCAACAACGACAUAUCAUCGAUUCUUUUCGACCAGAUGUUCGAUCGAGUAGUUUUCAGCGACCACGAUCAGAAAUGAAUAUUGCUAGUGGUAUACCUAAAUUUUUUCCAUUGACAAUGAUUCAACAAGAAGGUAAUCCAUAUGU